AUGGCAGCCUCCCAUUCUGGGGAUAAAAAGAGGGUCCUUCCCCCCUGGAUGACAGCCCAGCAGCCCGAGGAGAGAAUGCCCCCGAUGAAGACCCCGAAGAGGAGGAAGGCAGCGGUGCCGGCCCCUGCAGCCAGACUCCCCGCCGUGAAGACUGUGUACUGCAUGAGUGAAGCCGAGCUUGUUGACGUUGCCCUGGGGGUCCUGAUUGAGAGCCGGAAACGGGGAAGGGCCUCGGAGCAGCGGCCCCCGGCAGGCACGGAUGUGUCAGAGCCGCCCCCCACCUGCUCGGAGGGGCCGCCCUCUCCCGAGAGGAGUGAAAGUGAGGACAGCGGGGAAGCAGCCCUCCCCCCAGGCCCGGGGCCGCCCCAGGAGCCCGCAGGCUCGGAGCCUGCCUGCGGCACCAGCCCCGAGGAAGAUGAGGACGCAUUCAAGUACGUCAGGGAGAUUUUCUUCAGCUAA